AUGACAGAAGCUAUCGGCUUAGUAGCUUCUGUUGCAAGCCUACUGGACCUUGCUCUGAAGUUAUCCAACACAUUACAUGAUCUCCAAUUCCAGGUCAGAAACGCACCCUACCUUAUUCAAGCGUUGGAGAAUGAGACGCAGGCUGUCAGGACAGUACUCGCCCAUGUCGAAAGCUCAAUCCAGCCUACAGCAACAGCUGGGUUUGGUAGCCCAGGAAGCUCUGCAAUUCUUGGCGCUCUUGCCGUUGAACUCCGCAGAGGUGCAGCUGUCAUGAAGGAAUUGGGCUUAUUUAUCGAUAGUCUCAAGAAUGAGACAUCCACUUUACAAAGGGUCAAAUGGGUUCACAAGAGGGAGAGGGCAACAGAGCUCAUAAAAGAGCUUAAAGAAGUGAGAUCUCGUAUUAGCGAGUUACAAUUGGCAUAUGGCAACUCAAGCUUAACACGCAUCGAACUUGUAUUGCAGGACAUCCAGGUUAUGCAACGCUGUCACUAUGCCACAACUCAAAGUUUGGGUACUUGUCUACUAGACACGAGAGACCAACUCACAAUUGACCGAAAUACCACAUUUCAAAACCAGUCAGACAUCGCAGCAGCGCUAGAGGCCCUGCAAACUACAACACCAACGUUGCCACCAGAAUGGGUGGAAACUAUCAGCAACCAGUUGGCAACAACGAUGAACACUAUGCGGCCUGGUCCAGCGAAGGGCAACAACACAAAUGUUUCGCUCCAUCAAUCUCACAGACAACAGGGCUUCCAGGCCAUAUCCUCGCCACUUCAGCACUCUACACUAGCAUUCAAGCUAAAACUAGUGCAAUCCCAGUGCUCGAUCAACUGUACCUGCAGAUGUCACGCUUCGGUAUCUUCAUACCGUCCUUGGAACACGCUCCCAAAAGUACUUCGAAUGAUCAUGGGUUCGGUGCUUAUUGAGUACUCCAGUUGCCCUGUUUCCAGAACAACCUGCGACUUGCAUUCAUGUUUCAAGUCACGUCUGACUCGCCUCACGGUCAGAUAUGGCUUUCCAUUGUGGUCUUUCAAGUACGCGAUUCAUAUCCUGGUGGAGAAACUAUCUACCAGCUCUCUCACGUUUACUCUAGCAUUGAGACGAAAGAUUCCUCUAAAAGCCUCCAGAGACAACAUAAUUUUUCAUGCCGCAAUUGGAAAUCUAACUGCUAUCAAACGCAUCGUAUUUGAAAAUCCAACUGCAAUCCUGGAUGUCGACUAUAAUGGUGAUUCUGCCAUGUGCAUCUGUACUGAGAGAUUUUUACCAUGGGAACUCUCGCUUCAAAUUUGUGAAGUACUUCUUCAGGCUGGUGCAGAUCCGGACCAAGUCAACGAGAGAGGGCUUUCAUUUCGGCAUAUAAUUGCUAAUAAGGUUCUUCAGAAUACCAUACCAUUGAAGCUUCAUUCUCAAGUCGAAAGGUUGAUUCAAAUUUCGUCGUGCUUAGAGGACCUGGAUUUCACCUUCAUACAUGAAAUUGUUGUUAAACGAUGUCCAAUCGACUUGGCCCCUAUACUCGAGGCCGGCAAAGCAGAUAUUAUUGCCCAGAUCCACAGUGAAGACCGAUUUGGGAUGACUCCGCUGAUGUAUGCUAUUGCUUUGGGCGAUGCAACAGCGGCUACUGCUCUCAUCAAAUCCGGCGCCUCAGUUCACAGACAAGGACCAUUUGGAUGCAACCUAGUAGAUUAUGUUUGCCAUCUACCGCCGAACACAUGCGCAUUACUACUGGACUUGCUACUUACAGCUGGCGCCGACGCCAUCGUCGCUUUCCCCAAGAGAUGGAGCCCUUUACAUACAGCUGCUAUCCAUGAUAACGUAACAAUGAUGGAAAGGCUGUUGCAUGAAGGCGCAAGGCCGGAUUGCAUCGGUCCGUGGGGUAAUCGUCCAAUACACUAUGCGGCGAGCGAGAACUCUGUUCAAGUAGUUCGCUUGUUGUAUGAGAGAGGCGUCAACCUAAAUGUGCUAGCUGAUAAUACGAUAUCACCGCUCGCUGUAGCAAUCCAACACAAUGCUACCGGCGCGCAAUCGGUGCUUCUGGAACUAGGUGCUGAUCACCUUAUAACCGGAGACUGGGGAACUCAUUUUCACUUGGCGGCCUAUUGGGGUUAUGAGGAGACUUUCAGAACACUGUCUAAUUUUAAGCUCAGGGGUCUGGAUGUUGAUGCUAGGAAUGCGAAAGGGUUGACAGCAACUAGUGUUUUUGAACAACGAUACGACAAGACGGAUGAGCUUACAACAGCAUUCUACCAGCUGAAGGAUUCUAUCAAAUCACAAUCCUCAGAAUAUUGUCAAGUCGAGGACGAGGUUGAAGAUACGGAUGAAUUCUUUGAUGCGGAUGAGUUCUUGCGCGUUGAUGGAUUGUCUUAG